CAUGGAAACCCGAACAGAUUACUCUCAGUCGGUGCUAGACUCGAGGGAAAGAUUUGGAACGUCCACUGAGUACAUGUUUCCAAAAUGACAACUAAGAUAGAUGGCUCAGAAAACUGGACGCCUUCGACUGAGGACGUCACGCAUAAAGAAAAGAAGCUGAGUUGGGCAACCUGUCGCCAUGACAAACAGUUCCGAUCGAAACUAAAACACACUCUGUUUUACCUGGCGUCGUUUAAUGCUGUGGGUUGCGUUAUCGGGCUGCUGGGGCCAACAUUUCUUGAUCUGCAGAUAAUCUCUAAUACUAACGUCGAACAAGCAGCACGCGUCUUCACCAGUCAGUCCGCUGGUCACAUGGCCGGAACUCUCGCGAGCGGUUUCCUGUACGAUCGCUUGAACCGUGACCUCCUUCUCGUGGUUGCCUUAGUGCUGUGCUCCCUGUCAACAAUAUCCAUUCCAUGGUGCUCCAUUUUUAUUGCCAUGAUCGCUGCGUUUGCCAUGAGAGGCCUCGCUCUUGGCUUGAUCGACACGGGCUCCAAUUCGGGGACCGUGCAAAUCUGGGGGAAAGACAGUGGUCCGUACAUGCAAGCCUUGCACUUCUCCUUCGCCGUUGGCGCCAUGUUGUCGCCACUGCUUGCAACACCAUUUCUCUCAGUGAUGUCCCCAGUUGGUAACCAUAGCGAUGUGACGUCAUUUUUGGAGGGAAAUAUCUCACGUGGAGUUAACGUCUCAUUUUCAAGAAAUGACGUUGACCCUGCGCAGGUCUAUAUGUACGAUGUUUACCAAAACGAGUCCGGUCCUACUGACAGAUUGUUAAACAGCGACAUCCGUCCUACCUCAACUCGAGUGCACUACGCCUACCUCAUCGUAGGGCUCUGGAUUCUCACCACAUCAUUGCCGUUCUUCAUUCGCGUUUGCACCAAGCGACAGCUGCGAAUUUCCAAAAAGCGUGAUGAGACCCAACACCAAAGAAGCACAAUGAAAAUACCAGUGAAGAUGUGUGCUCUGGCCUUGCUGGGGUCAUUCUUAUUUCUCUACGCAGGCAGCUUUGACUGUUUUUCAGGAUUCCUGAUGACAUUUGCUGUUAAGCAGCUUGAUUGGACGAAGCCCAGUGGUCUCCUUCUGACGUCAGCUUACUGGGCCGCUUUCGCUGUCAGCAGAGGACUCGCCGUCCUAAUUGCACGCUUCCUCGGUCCUGACAAAAUGAUUUUCGGAAACUAUAUAACACUGAUUGGCGCCCUUGUUGGCAUUAUGUUCGCCUCUAUGCACAGUAGUACAGCUAUGUGGAUCUGCACCGUAUUCGUCGGUCUAGCAAUGUCGUCUACCUUUCCCGCAGCCUUCACUUGGACUGAGAGGGAGUUGUUUAGGGUGUCAGGAAAACUAUCAGCUUUUCUCAUUCUGAGCGCUUCCACGGGCACAAUGGUACUUCCUGUUCUUCUCGGGUACUUGUUCCAAGAACAUUCCAAAUUCUGGUAUCUUUAUCUAGUGUUGGGUUCCGCCAUUGCCUGUACGUGUAUUUUCGCGAUACUUGUGGCCUUGGCAAAAUGCCAGAAGUCCCAGUUGUCAGGGCGGGGUGGCGCGGACUUUGUCGAACAGGAAGUGUUUAAAAAGGAAACUUUACUUCGAUCAGUGGAGAGAUGAAAAUAAAUGAACAAAUGUGCACUUUCGACACUUCGAGUCGAAACUCGAGAUCAUUCGACUCAUCUAACUCCCUCUUUCCAAGGUAAUGUUUUACAUGCAUGUAACAUCAGUCGCGGUUACACAAAUUGGUGGCUCGAGGCCAGCUCGGGACGGGCUUAAACGUUUUCACAAGACCUAUGUUGCGUGUUCGUGUCCUCUGUAGAAGACUCAAACGUUUGCGAUGUAACAGGUGCGAGUUUGUGUCCUCUGUAGAAGACUCAAACGUUUAAUCUACAAAUCCAGCUUCAAACAGUUUAAAUGCUAACAAUCAUAAAUUGGUGAACUGAAUGGUGCAGGUUUCGAACCGGCCUUUUUUAACCGGUCAAUUCGACGCUUGUGUAGCCGCGGCUUCUCUCUUGUUUACAUGUCCGAAUCAUACACAAUUACCUAAAACAACCAUUACCUAUGUGCUAAAAAUUAAGAAAUGAAGUUAUCGUUCAAAUGUUACACGAGUUUUUAGAUCGUCUACGAGAUUAUCCUCGGUCUAAGCUUCAAGUAAACCUCGCGUAAACCAUAAGGAGGGCCCAAGACCCAAUUUUUAUUUUUAUAUUUACUAUUAAUGAAUGUAAUUAUAAUCUUAAUCUUUAUCCUGAUAAAUAUUCUUACAUAUCCUUGAUCGAUAGCUCGUGCAAUAUUCUAAAUUCGAAUGCUUGAACAUCUUCAUUAUCACCGCCGAACCCACUAUGUAUAAGGGACUGAAGCGGUGACUCUGCUCAGGAGGACAAUUAUUUCGCACAGUAAUUCAUUCUGGAAGUAACCGCCAUGGUUUUCCUCUAGGUAUUGCUUAUUAAUUGUCAAUAAGGCUUAUACGGUAAAUGGCUUAUUAUUUCGCUCUUGACUUAGUUAAACAUUUUGUCUAAUUCGAAUUGUUGUGUUGAUCCUAUAAAACUGUUCUAAGGUUUGUUGGAAAGGUAGGGUGUUAUCUUACUGGCAACGUAUGUUUCAGUACCCAGAGGAAACACUUUAGGCCUCUAUUUGCCAAAUUUUAAUUUAUUUACCGUAAAGUGGCCAUCUUUUGUGAUUCAUACGGUAAUAGCCAACCUUGACCUUGAAUCAGCCUCACUAAUGUUCGACUUUUUAACCAGAUGGUAACCAAUAACGCAUUGAAUAUGAUAUUUAUACGGAGAUAAAUAUAUAUAUAUAUACCAGACCACUGGAAAAUAUGGCGAGAUCAGUCUUAUGAAAAUCAUCACUAAACCAUGGGCUCAACACUGAGCGGUUAGAGGAAGGAAACAGGACUGGUUGGUCUGGUGCCAGUAUAAUGUGAAUGUAAGGGGUGUCUUCGGCAUGCUUCUUCAGUGGUGGCAGCAAUUUAGUGGCAUGAACUCGCAAUGCCACAGGAAGUCACAGUUUAUGUAAACACACCUAAUGACUUCUCGUCGUUACAUGUCUGAAAAGUUGUUAAGCACGACGUAAAACCAAACGCAUACAUACAUAAACAUAUGGGUGAGACAACACCACGUAUUUUGUACCACUGUAGUCUUUUAUAUUUUAGUUUUUUUUGCAUAAACCAACAAUUCGUCAAUGCACAAAGCCAUUUUUGUCUUAUGCCAAAAUUUUAGUACUCCUUACGAUACUUAGUUUUUGUUAGUGGAAGUAUAAUUUUGGGGCACUGUUGUCUUAAGAUGACAUUGAUACUGUGGUCAAAAUGUUAAUUCUUAAGGCCCAGCAGCUCAGUUGGUUAGCGCGCUAGCGCAGCGUAAUGACCCAGGAGUCUCUCACCAAUGCGGUCGCUGUGAGUUCAAGUCCAGCUCAUGCUGGCUUCCUCUCCGACCGUACGUGGAAAGGUCUUGCAGCAGCCUGCGGAAGGUCGUGGGUUUCCCCCGGGCUCUGCCCGGUUUCCACCCUUUACAAUGCUGGCCGCCGUUGUAUAAGUGAAAUAUUCUUGAGUAAAGCGUAAAACACCAGUCAAAUAAAUAAAUAAAUAAAU